CGACCGGUAAAUCGCGAGGAUUCUCCAGAAAGUUCAACUCCACAGUUGAUCACUCAAGGUUACGUUUCUUCGAUUGAUUCUCCAGAUAGUAUUCACUCUCCGUUUCAUCUUACGCAUAGUGAUAAUCCUGGAAUCUCGAUUAUAUCUACUGUUCUUAAUGGUACAAAUUAUGAUGAUUGGAGUAUUGCGUUGAAAACUUCGUUAGAUGCGAAAAAUAAACUUGCAUUCAUUGAUGGAUCCAUUCCGCGACCUGCUGAAUCUGAUCAGAUGUUUAGGAUCUGGUCACGUUGUAAUAGCUUGGUCAAGGCUUGGAUUCUGAAUGCAGUUUCAAAGCAGAUAUACAAAAGUAUUCUCAGGUUUGAUGAUGCUUCAAUGAUUUGGAAGGAUUUGUACACUCGGUUUCAUAUUACAAAUAUUUCCAGAUCUUAUCAAUUAUCUCAGCAGAUCUGGUCACUACAACAAGGAUCGAUGGAUUUGGCUACAUAUUACACUACUUUGAAGACUCUUUGGAAUGAUUUGGAUGGAGCUAAUUGUGUGAAAAUUUGCAGGAAUUGUGAUUGUUGCAAGGCAAUGGGACAGAGAACUGAUAAUUCUCGUGUGAUUAAGUUUCUUGCUGGUUUGAAUGAUUCUUAUUCAGUCAUUCGCAGUCAAAUAAUCAUGAAGAAACACAUCCCUGAGCUUUCUGAAAUAUACAACUUGUUGGAUCAGGAUCACAGUCAGAGAAAUCUCACACCAGUUCAGAAUGCUGUGGCUUUUAAUGUUGCUGCUUCAGAAUCAACAUCAGCUUCUGUGAAUGCUACUUACAAUCAUUCCAAAGGUCCAAAAGUGAUUUGUUCUCAUUGUGGAUAUACAGGUCAUACAGUUGAUAAGUGUUACAAGAUUCAUGGCUAUCCACUGGGUUUCAAACACAAACAUAAGAAUCAGUCUGACAAGUCUUCUGAUCGACAGUCUCUUCCUGCUAAACCAGUUGUUGCUCAGCUUGCUUUGACAGACUCUUCUACUGGUGAUUUGUUUACAGGAAUGGCUAAAACUCUCACUAAGGAUCAGAUUCAGGGGGUUCUUGAUUAUUUUAAUUCUCAGUUUCAGGCUAAUUCCAUUCAAGGUCCUUCUACUUCAGUUGCUUCUACUUCAGGUCCUUCUUCAGGUGCUACUAUUACCGCAUUGCCUGGAUCCUAUCAAGGGCUUGAUGAUUGGGAAGGGUGAACAGAUUUCAAAUCUUUAUGU